CGUGUGGCUCCCCAUAAACGAUAAGGUAUGGAAUCUGUGCGCAAAGCCAAUCAACGACUGCGAAACUAUCCCAUAUUGCUCACAAAGUGUGCGGAUAAGGCAGCAGCAUAUGCUUCAUGCGUGUCACGAGAUCUCAACAUACAGCAUCACAUUUGCGACACUGAGUUCAAGGAGUUUAUGGGCUGCAUACGCAAAGCAGCCGUUGAAUUGAAAACUAAAUUAUAAAGCAAGGAGGCCUGUGAGGAAA